CAACUCAAACCGUUGGAUCUAUAAUAUCUACAAAAUCAACAGUCAAUUGCGAACGAAGAACAUAAGCCACAAGUCGUCCUUCCAAUUGAAGUACAAAGGCAGCGAGAUUAAUCUUAGCUUAUUGCUACUCUUAUCACCCACAUCCUCAUUUGAAACUCCGUUUUGUUCACCGGAAUUCAGGGAGAAAGAGGAUGGCAACCGUAACAACUCAAGCUUCUGCUGCCGUAUUCCGGCCAUGUGCAUCAAGAUCGAGGUUUCUUACCGGGUCUUCUGGUAAACUCAACAGAGAAGUGUCCUUUAAACCAAUAGCUUCUUCUUCUUCAGCUUCUUUCAAAGUUGAGGCCAAGAAGGGAGAAUGGUUGCCCGGUUUGCCUUCUCCGGCCUACCUCAACGGCAGUCUUCCAGGGGACAAUGGCUUUGACCCCCUUGGACUCGCUGAGGACCCUGAGAAUCUAAAAUGGUUCAUCCAAGCGGAGCUUGUGAAUGGGCGGUGGGCUAUGUUGGGUGUUGCAGGGAUGCUACUGCCAGAGGUUUUCACCAAGAUUGGAAUCAUCAAUGUUCCUCAAUGGUAUGAUGCUGGCAAAGCGGAGUACUUUGCAUCAUCAUCAACUCUCUUCGUGAUUGAGUUCAUCUUGUUCCAUUAUGUGGAGAUCAGAAGGUGGCAAGAUAUCAAGAACCCAGGAAGUGUCAACCAAGAUCCCAUCUUCAAGCAAUAUAGUUUGCCUCCAAAUGAAGUUGGUUACCCUGGCGGCAUCUUCAACCCCCUCAACUUUGCACCCACUCUAGAGGCCAAGGAGAAGGAGCUUGCCAACGGGAGAUUAGCGAUGUUGGCGUUCCUGGGAUUUGUGGUUCAACACAAUGUCACCGGCAAAGGACCGUUUGACAACCUGUUGCAGCACCUCUCAGACCCAUGGCACAACACAAUUGUCCAGACACUCUCCGGUAACUAAAAUUCAAUAGAGAAGAAACGGGGUUCUGUUUCUUGCAUUUGUAACCGUCAAUAUAUGGUUUUUGUGUGAGGUUUGAGCAUCAAUGUAAAACAAGGAAUCUUCAGUCAGUGUACAGAGGAACUAAGAUGUCAUUUACAUUAUCAUUUUAUAUCACUUGAAACCAUUUAUUUCUCAA